AUGGUCGAUACUGGAAAGGGACGCUCGGUUACGGACUUCAGCGAUGUGCUCUGCAAGGCGAUGUUGUUCCAGUGCCGUUCCGAAUUCCUGCAGACGAGGACCGUCCAUGAGCUCACUAAGCCGAACCGCUUGAGUCCCAUCGAAGAUAUAGAAGUACGGAACGGAAUAACAUGGCACUUCAUUAGCCUUUUCUUCCAAGACGGCCGUGUCGACGUCCAUGUAUGCCCGAUGACUGAUACCGGAUGGAAGACGUAUGUCGACCAGAGGGCGAGCGAAGCACUUGUCGUUAAAUCCGAGAAAACUCCAACUAGAAGAUGGAACCGCCAUGCACUUGUGUAUCUGUAUGAGGCCACUGCCCAAGUAAGACGCUGCGAUAUCGGUGCGGAUGAAUAG